AACUGGUGAAUUUCGCAAUGAUCCUCGCACCGGAUCCUCUUCUUUGCUGAUGGGAAGCGAAGAUGCUUGAUCUCGCCGCCAGUUGCCGCCGGGAAACCAGACGCGAUUAGCGUCGCGCAGCCCUGAAAACCUCGAGGCCAAAAGUUUUUAUCUGGGCUGGACCACACGGAUCCUCUUCCUAUCGCGACUCGGUCUCGUUGUGCAGCCCGGCCCCGGACACCUGCCAGACCAACAGGGGAAGGGCGCUGCCAGCCUGCCACGACUCAAACCUCGUCGGCACCAGGGGAAGGGCGGCGGAGCGAAACGAACACCCGCCGCCUGUGCACGACGACGGAGGUCGCGAUCGCGGCGGAAUCCGCCGGCCGCGGCGCGUCGUACUCGCGCGCGAGCCACAACCAGCAGGCGUCAGGUAGACCGAGGGUCCAAGCGAGGCCACGAAGAAGAAGCUGCCCCCGAAUCGCAACGCCGCCCAUCCCGAAUCACACACGGCUCAUGGUCAUGGAGUACGCGCAAUGGCGGCAUCCUUAGUUGCCCCCGAGCUUCCCGAGACGGGGCCCGGCUACCCGGAGUGGAUCUUCCUCGCGAGGCGCGCCUACAUCUCCGACCGCGUCAACGCGGCGACCCUCGCUCGCAGCCACACCAGCGACGGCCACCCCGUCCAGGUCUCCCUCUUCGCCGCCGCCCCGCCCGCCGUCUCCCACCUCUGCGUCCACUGCCCCGGCAGAGACCCCCACCAGUUCAGCUACAACCCCGGGGUCGUCUUCUCCCGGGGCGAUCUGAUCCUGCUCGACGUCGCCUUCGACUGCCGCGACACGAGCGACUACUUCAUCUACAGAGCUGGCCCCAAGACCCCCUGCCUCGUCCUGAUUCCGGAACCAGAGCCCUUGCCCUGCGCCUCGAGCUUCCUCAACACCGGGAUCGUGCGCUGCGGCGCCGACGACCACUUCGCGGUGGCUGCUCUCAUACGAGACUACAUGACCGACAUGUACAGGCUGUCCGUCUUCGAUUCCAAGACUGGGGUGUGGGAGACGAGGCUGCUGCCGCUGGAGCCGUCGGAAUCGCUUCGCGAUCCCCUUGCGCUUUGCCUCUUCCCUAGCAAGGUGAUCCCGCUGAAAGGUUCCAUCUUGGGAUGGGUCGAUCUGUGGAGGGGUAUCCUGCUGUGCGAUGUUCUUUCGGAUAGCCCCAAGCUCCAGUACAUCCCGAUGCCUACUCCGAUGCCAGGCAAUGAGGGUCUUGAAGACGAGGCCGAGCCAACAUAUUUUAGAGAUGUCACUGGCUGUGGGGACCUGAUCAAGGUAGUCGAGGUGGAAUACAAAUAUAAUGGCACUGUGGUCACCGAUCCCAGCAACUACAUACAUGAAGAUUGGACACUUGUCACACUGACUCGGAGGCUUGAUUCCAGGGACUGGGAAAGAGGCCAUGAGCUCGACAUUGGGGAUGUAACAGUGUCUCAAGACUUUUAUGGACGUACAGAUGUGUUGCCUCGGUUCUGCGAUGAGAAUGGAACCCCAUCCGUGAAGAGAAUGCCACUCGGCGUCCCAACUUUGUGUGAGUGGAACAACAUGGUGUACUUUAUGUGCAAGGUUAACUGCAGGGACUGUUAG